CUAUGUUUGUGAGAAAAGACUGCGAGCAAGACGUCAAAACGAUGUUUUAGCAAAUAUAAACAAAGGACUUCUAAAUAAAGCUAAUAAGCCUUUAUUUAGCACUCUUUAUUGCACAAUAAAGAACAACAAAAGAAAUGAAACCACCAAAACAUAAUUAAACUAUGUUCUCUCCACCGAAAACGUCAUAUGAUUCACAAGACAGAAGCUGGCCUUCUUUUUAACAAUUGUGGAGUGUCGUGCCAAAUAUUAUACAUAAUUAUUAUUUAUCUAGGAUCUAGAUUAUUUCAUUCUUGAUGUUUCGUUAAGAAAUAUCAUUAUUUUAAUGAAAUCAACAAGUUUUGGGUCAAAUGGGCAAUUGUUUGACAUGUCUCAAAGUGCCCUCAGUUCAAUUAGAACAAACACAAGAAGCUUCGUUGCCUUUUGAACAUGGAAUACUCGAGAAAAAAUCUGAAGAAAUGUCAGGAUUGCUUGAAACCACAGCCCUGCCCGAAGGCAGACAAGUAACUCUCCACGAGCUCAGCAAUGGUAACACAUUCGAGAGCAGGUAUCAGCAAAACACAGAAAUCUCAGGAGGUUUGAAAACUAAUUUCUAUCAAAAAAUUCCAUCCUUGUCACUGACUAAAUCUAGUGCAGCCGGUUACAACAUGGGCUUGGAUCAAUCAAAGACCACGUCGGAUGCUAAGAUAAUGCAACUGUUUAAUUUUUAUAAAGAUCCUAACGAAGACGCCAUUUUAGCUGAAGGCAUUGAAAAGUUUUGUAACGACUUACAAAUUGCACCAGAUGAUUUUAGGAUUUUAGUGCUUGCAUGGAAAUUAGAUGCCGAACAGAUGUGCAAGUUUACCAGACAAGAGUUUACCCAAGGUUUAAAAUCAAUGAACGCCGAUAGCAUAAAAUCUAUUCAACAUAAACUGCCUGAACUUGUUCAAGAGGUUGAAAGGAAUCCUGAAUAUUUCAAAAGCUUGUACAGGUUCACUUUUAGAUUUGGGUUGGAUGUGGCCAACGGGCAACGUAUUUUACCUUCAGACAUGGCUGUUUUGUUAUGGAAACUAGUGUUUACAAUCUGCGAACCGCCAAUUUUGCAAAAGUGGCUCGAAUACUUAGAAAAGCAUCCAAAUGUUCGGGGUAUACCCAAAGACACUUGGUACAUGUUCUUAAACUUCUCAGAGACUGUUGGCAGUGAUUUAAGUGGAUACGAUGACACCGAAGCCUGGCCAAGUUUAUUUGAUGAUUUUGUAGAGUACGAGAACGAUCAAACUAAUCAGAAUAUUUCCAAAAUUGAAGUCAAAAAACAUGGAGACGAGGAUGACCAUAUGGAUUGCGGGGAAUGAUUAAAGCUUAAAUUUUUUAUUUGUGAGCAUAAUUAUUUUCUGUACGUAUUGUGGGAAUACAAGUCUGUACUUAUCAAUUUU